UCUUAGAGGCGUCUCACUGUGCUGUGUUAUAUUUAUCAUUUUGUUUUUAUUAAUUCAAUUAAUGUACAUCCUCACGCCACAACAAAACUCAUUGGAGCAAAGUGUGGAAAAGGUUAAACCAAUUUUUAUUUUGCUCUACGAAACUCCCACGUGGAUGCAGCGUCUGAAGGUUUUGGGUGUUAGUGACUGUGUUGUGACGGCAGAUAAGAACUAUUUGCCAGACAUUGAGCAAUUUGAUGCUCUUGUUUUUAGUGGUUCAGAUAAUUGGGCAGCUAAGAAGGUAUUUCCGAAGAAAAGAUCUCCGCACCAGUACUACGUGUUUGCUGAUCUUGAGAGCCCAUUCUAUACGAUGCAUAAAUUUUCAAUGAAUCCUUUAGAGGAAAUCUACAACCUCACAAUGACCUACAGGCGAGAUUCAGAUAUCUAUUGGCCUUAUGGCUUUAUUACUGAUCAGAAAAUUCAGUAUGUGGAUGAUCUUCAAGUUCCGAAAUGGAAGUCUCCAGUUUUUGACGACAACGCCUCUAAUAUUGCUCUUGAAAGAGUAAAAACCAAGACUAGGAUAGCAGCUUGGUUUGUUUCCAACUGCAAGCCUGCUUCCAAGCGGCACAAUUUAGUUAAAGUCCUACAGAAGCACAUUGGAAUCGAUGUCUAUGGAAAAUGCGGCAAUUUUACAUGUGACAUCAAGGACUCCAAUCACUGCUACGAAAUGGUAGAAGAAAAAUACUUCUUCUACUUCUCCUUUGAAAAUUCCCUCUGCAAAGACUACCUCACUGAGAAGGUCUUCAACGUCAUGAAGUACAACGUUGUUCCUGUUGUCUACGGUGGUGCUAACUACUCUCAUCAUCUUCCACCACAUUCCUACAUUGACGCCAAUGAUUUUGCAACGGCAACCGAACUAGCUAACUAUCUUAAAUACUUAGCCAGCAAUCCACAUGAAUAUGUCAAGUACUUUUGGUGGAAGACUCACUACAGGACGGUGUCUACAGUCAAGUCCUACAGCAAUCUUUGCAAGAAGCUCCAUGAGUACAUAACUGAGUCCAGAAUGGGACAAUUUACGAGGACUUAUAGGGACAUUAAUUCAUGGUUCAAUGUUGGGCAAUGUACACAGCCGAAAAUAAAAAUGAAUUAG